AUGGAAACAACACCAAUUACCGGGCUGGAUGAGUUUGACAAGCACCUUGACGACCUCAUCCAAGACCCUAGCUUAACACUCAACCCAAAGCUAUUUGACGAUAUCGAACUUCAACUUACCGAAAGCAACAUCUUACCCUUGAUUCCUCGCUUUCUUCCCCGUCUCACAACCGUCCUCAAACAAUACACCGAGGACCCCACAGCCAUCGUCAACCUCACCAUCAAGCUCCUGCAACCUGUCCCAUUUGAGGAUGUAUUCUCCUUAGCCCAGACCCAGGAGCUCAUCACUGCCCUGGAGUCACCCGCACCCGCCGCCAACCUGCUCGGCAUCGCCAUCCUCCGCAAAGCCGCCGCCGCACCGCGACACAUCAGCUUCCUAUGCACCCACCCCGACCUCGUCGCCGCCUUCAUCCGCUGCUGGCUCGUCUCCCCGCAAGUCGAAGUCGGCCAUCGUGGCACCAAAGUCCUCGGCGACCUCCUGGACAUCGACUCGGCACAAGCCCCGCCACCACCACCCACCCGGCCCAUCGACCCCGACACCAUGCUCAGCAUCCGCCGCGAGCCCGGACACGGCGCCCUCUGGGACCUGCUCUUCCGCAACCGGCCCAUGUACACCCUCCUCCUCGACCUCAUCUCCGGCCACCACCCCGACAUGCUCGCCAACCCGGCCCAAGUCUCCCUCGCCCAGGACCGCGUGCUACGUCUCUUACCACGCCUAGCCUCCAUCGACUUCCCCACCGUCAGCCGUUCCGACAUCCUGCCGCCGUCGCCCGCGUCCCCCCCCCAACGGCCACGCCAACGGCGGUCCGGACGCGAACGGGGAGGGGGAGACGGCGGCGAAUGGGUCGACACGAUUCCCACCACCGCUGCGCGCCCCGCGGCCCGGCGAGGGCCUGCUGCAGUACGCGGCGCUGCGGCUGGUGCCGCGGUGGGACGUGCUGCUGCACAUGGUGCUGGUGGAUUUCUUCGUGACACUGGUGGCGCUGCUGCGCGUGACGGAGCCGUCGGACUUGAAGCUGGAGACGCUGCGGGCGGUGGUGGGGGAGGCGGUUGCCGAGGACGAGGAUCUGCGGAAGGCGCUGCUGGAGCUGCCGGAUCGGACGGCGGAGGAGGAGGCGGAGGAUUUGAGGCGCUGGGUGGGGGAAGUGUUGCCGGGGGAGGAGGUGCGGGUGGUGGUGCGGUGAGGGAGGGGGUGCUGACGUAG